GACUCAAGUUGCAGGGCAGAACGGUGCCCGACGAUGGGGGCUACAAGGUCCUUGUCGAGCACUCUGACAGAUCGAGGCGCUGCGUGACCAUUGGGCGCCCAUUUUUUCAAGUCAGACCGCAGGUGGAUGAUUGGCAGAGGCUGGCGCUUAAGCUUAAGUACGUGCAGACUCACGCCCCCAAGCUACUGGCGGAGCGGAUCCUGCCGCCCGACAAGUUCGCUCUCUCUCGUGCUGCAUCUCGCGCCAAGGAGUCGGCUCCUGGCCCUGACGGCGCGCCGUACUACGCAUGGUGCCGCUGUCUUGCCGCCAUCGAGGCGCUCGAGGAUGGGGCGCUGGAGAUCGCGAAGGACAGUGUCCCGCCAGCCGAGUGGAAUGAACACUUGAGGGCUUUCCUUCCCAAGGGUUCCCCAGAGGAGGAUGCCGCCGAUGGGGCGCUCCGCACUCCCGGCGCCGCGCGCGCGACCGGCUUGAAGAAUUCGGACUGCAAGUUGCGCGGCUUCCUCAGGGGCCGCAACUCCCCGGGCAACGUAACCUUGCUGGACUCGACGGCCAGGGCGGCGGGCUUCCAGGAUGGCGUGGCCGCCGCGAAGCCGCUGCUCGCGCUCUUCGACUUCGGCGAUGCGUUCCCGCCGCUGAUGGCGGAGUGGAUGGCGGACAUGCUC